AUGUCCACCGCUGUUGAAAAGCCCGCGCAGACGCAGACGCAGUCGGGCAACGGACUGAACCGCAAGUCCUCGCGCAAGGGCAAGAAAGCCUGGCGCAAGAACGUCGAUAUCAGAGAUGUGGAGCAGAACCUGGAGGAGCUCCGAGCUGAAGAACGUACCACUGGUGGCAAGGUGCAUCAACAAUCGAACGAUGCCCUCUUCACGCUCGACACCGCGGGCGAUGGCAAAGUCCAAAAAGAACUCCGCAAAAACCGACCCCUCAAGAUGGAUGAGAUCUUAGCGGGGCGUAGCAAAGUCCCCGCGGUCUCUGGACGGAAGAAACCCGCCUCGACGACCACUGCAGCGGGAUUCAUGUCCCAGAAAAAGGAUGCCAAGAUCUCCAAGGCCGAAAAGGCCAAGCUCCUGGAUUUGAUCCGACGCAGGACCUCGAAUUCGCUCUUUGCGCCCGUUACUAAACCUCUGGGACGCACCGGUCUCACAGAUGCUGUGAAGCAGGCGGGACGGUUUGAUGUCUGGGGUGCGGAUGCAGAUGCGGAUGCAGAGAAGGACGACAGUGAGAAUAACAACAACAAAGACGAUAAGAACGACCAGGAUGAUAACGACAACAGCGGCGACGAGGACGAGGACCAGGAGAUGAAGGACGUGGACGAUUUCGUCUCGGAGAUCGUGACCAAGCGAGCCGUCAAGGCUCCCAGAUCCUUCCGUCAGAAACAAAAGGUCGUCCUCCCGGCCGUGAAGGCAGCCCACCCGGGAGCAUCGUACAACCCGACCAUGCAGGAUCAUCAGGGAUUGUUGCUCUUGGCCCAUAACGAGGAAUUGAGGUUCAUUCGGGAACGUGAGAAGGUCGAGGCCAGAUUGGCCUAUCCCAAGGAACUCGAUGCCAUGGUCCCGUUUGAUGACCAGACCGGGGGUCUGUUGGAGAACUCUGAGGACGAAGAAGAAGAAGAUGAAGAAGAUGAAGAAGAUGAAGGAGAGGAAGGACAGGAGGGAGUCGUGAAGGGCAAGAGACAAAAGGGCAAAAAGUCGAUCACGGAGAGGAACAGGCUCGCCAGAGCGGCGGAGACGGCCAAGAAGGAGGCACGGAUCAGGCGGGAGAAGGAGCUUAUGAAGCAGACGAACAAAGUCAAGGAGAUCAUGAAGACCGUGGAGGAGGAGGAGGCCGAGGCCGAGGAGAGACGGUUGGAGAACGAGAGGAAGAAGGAGGAGAGGGAGAAGGCGGGCAUGAAGCGUGUGGGGCGAUUCAAUAUCCCCAAGGAGAGGAUACACGUCCAACUGCAGGACGAGCUGCCCGAGUCCCUGCGCCAGCUCAAGCCGGAAGGAAGUCUCAUGAAGGAUCGUUUCCAGAGCUUUGUCGAGCGUAACCUCAUCGAGCCCAGAGUCCCUGUUGCCAAGCGCCGCAGAUAUCGUCUCAAGACAUACGAGAAGCACUCGUACAAGCGUUUUGAUAACCCUAACCAUGCUUAA